GACGUUCUGGUUUCGGGGCUGCCUGCCCCUGAAAAACCUCAGCAGACACCACCACCCGGUCCAGUCCAGCUGGCCCCACAAAACCCCGUCAUUCAACCCCAUCCGGAUGCGGUCGAAGCCAAGCCACUCCCUGUCCAGGCACCCGUGGAUCCGGAGCAUCCGGCGCUGGUGAAGCUUCAGCCCCCUGCGGAAGUCUGGACGCUUGUGGAAGGGCAACCCAUCCGGGACCAGAUGAUGGCCUGGGCUGACCGCGCUGGCUGGAAGAUCAGCUGGCCAGCCUCCCUGAACUGGAUGGUGCCGGCCAUGACGACCUUCAACGGUGAUUUCAAAACCGUCAUGUCGUCCGUCAUCCAGACAGUAUCGGACGAAGGGAAGAGGCGGCCGAUGAAACUACGCACCACAUUCCUGGCAACACUGGCAGCCGGCACACUUCUCUCCGGAUGCCAGGACUUCCAGGACGCCCAGCAUCGCGAAGCCGAUGUCAUGAACACGGCCGAGCGUCAGCACGUCCCGAACAUCCCGGUCAUUUCAGAGAGCGACAAGCCCUGGCUUCUUGGUGACGCGAUUAAGGAUGUCGAUCCCAUUCCAGACCUCCUGAAACAUCCCGCCGCCAUAACGAUCGCGCGCCCCACGUCGCUUCGGGACGCGGCCAUUCUGGCCAGCCGCCUGACAAGCGUUCCUGUCAGAAUCAUGCCGGAUGCGGAGGAUGCCGACGAUGGUAGCGAGAUCGGUACGGCGACACCACAAUCCGUCAGUUUCAAUGGAACCAAUCUUCCCCCUCCCCCGGUGAUGUCUGCCAUGUCAGCCGCUUUGGGAAACAAGGGAAAGAGUGCCAGGCAGAGCUGGAACGGUAGCGGCGACUGGCUGAAGUAUGACGGCACACGGGAAGGCGUAUUCCAGGCUCUCGCCACGCGCUUUGGGGUGUGGCAGCGCUUCGUCGACGGUCAUGUCGAGUUUUACCGCACGCUUACCAAGACCUUCACCGUGCCUGCCUUUGCGGGCGACACACAGGCGAACACGUCCAUCAUAGCUUACACGGGUGGUGGCUCGGGAUCGUCAGGGUCAUCGUCGGGAAGCUCGGGUGGCGGCGGGGCAUCUACCGGCUCUGGAAGCUCGUCGGGUCAGUCUUCAGGACAGUCUUCUGGUAUCGCCUCGGUAUCGAGUACCAGUAAGACCAACCGCUGGAAGACCAUCGAACACACCGCGCAGAUCGUGUCAGGAGGGGCAAGCGUCGUCGCGGAUGAAGGCCUGGGCACGCUGUCCGCCACUGGCACGCCCGACCAGAUCGCGCGUGUCGACGACUGGAUGAAGAACCUGAACGAUGGCCUGAUGAAGCAGGUCGCCGUAGAGGUCCAUGUCUACACUGUCAAAGUGUCGCAUGAGAGCAACUACGGCUGGAGUCCGCAGCUUGCCCUCAAGAAUUACGGCAAGGCGUUCGGAAUGGCGGCGAUGCCUGCCGCAAUUCCGGCCCUGCAGAGUGCGGACACACCGUUCAGCUUUGGUGCGUCCAUUCUCGAUACGGCGACGGGAGCAACAGGACAGUUCUCAGGGACCAAGUUUGUCGUCCAGGCGCUUCAGCAGCUCGGAAACGUCACCGAACAGUAUGAUCGGGGCGUGGUGACGACCAACGGCGUUACAGCUCCGUUCCAGAACGGUAUCAACACGACAUAUCUUGCGAAUACGACGACGACACUCGCGACUAAUGCCGGAUCUGCCAACUCGCUGUCUCCUGGGGUCAUCAUGUCCGGCUUCAUGGGGUCGGUGACGCCAAAGAUCGUCGAUAACCGCAUUCUUCUGAGGGUGAAUUUCCUCCUCCAGACGCUUCUGUCGAUUCAGACCAUUACGUCCAAUGGUUCCAGCCUUCAGGCGCCCAAGAGCUCGAACACGUCGCUUGAUGACACAGUGGCUCUACAGAACGGCUCAACCCUCGUCCUGAGCGGUUAUGUCGACGAUGCAACAUCCCGCACGCGCAACGGUGUCGGUUCAGCCCUGAACUGGGUCACAGGUGGCGGAGGCGACGCCCAGGUUUCCAAAACACAUGUUGUCGUAACAGUCGAGGCUCGCACCCUAUGA